CUAGAUUCCGGGGAUGGGUCUAUCGAUGGAAACAAGAUGGCGACUCUGGCAAAAGCGCCAAUAUAUUUACUGAAGUAGAUGUCCGUAUUUAACCGUGGUAGUGGGUUUUCCCAAGCCCUUCGGGGCAUUCCGCGAAACAUGAAGAGCGGGAGCAUGUUUUCCAAGAGGAAUUGACCGGGAUUAAUAUCGUAACAAAGUCAGCGAGAUGUGCGAGAGCUAUGCCCGCUCGCUGCUGCGUGUCUCGGUGGCGCAGAUCUGCCAGGCUCUGGGCUGGGAUGCGGUUCAGCUCACUGCGUGUGAUCUGCUCUCCGAUGUGCUGCAUCGGUACAUCCAGCAGUUGGCUCGGGUCUGUCAUCGAUACUCUGAGUUGUAUGGAAGAACAGAUCCAGUUCUGGACGAUGUCAGCCAGGCUUUCAGACUGCUAGGAGUGAGUCUGAGUGAACUGGAGGACUAUGUCAACAACCUAGAGCCUGUGCCCUUCAGCCACCAAACACCGCUCUACCCUGUUAGCAAAAACAAUGUCCUGCAGUUUCCCCAACCUGGAGUUCGAGAUGCAGAGGAAAGGAAGGAUUACAUUCCAGAGUAUAUGCCACCUCUGGUCUCCUUACAAGAAGAAGAAGAGGAGGAAGAGGUCCCCCCUGAUAUGGGUACUUCAGCUGAAGCUAUGCAGGUGGCACUGGAAGAGGAUGAGGAGGAAAUAGAUGAAGAUGAAACGGUCAACGAUGAAAAUCAUCCACUAAAGAGGCACCUGGAUAGUCCUGAUGCAGCUAUGGGCAUGAUGCCUACCUCCAAGAGACCUCGGAUGUACCCUGGCCUCAGCCCAGAGUGGGGUCUUGAGCCCAGGGAGCCUCUUACAUCUCUCAACCCUCAACGUGUUAGUCCAGGCAUUCUACCUUCUCAUGACAGCCUGGACCCCCUGUCACCUGAAAUGCCAUCUGGUACCCUGCCUUCCUUUAGACCUCAGCCCGUAAUACCAAAACACUCUGAUCAGAAGGCCCUCACUGCUCCAGCAAGAAAGCCUAAGGUCUCUUCCCCUGGCAGACAAAGGACUAAGUCCCCUAAAGGGGUUAUUCCUGUUCCGGUGGUUGGCAGUCCCAUAAAUUCACCAAAACCAUCUAAGGAAAAGAAAAAGUCUCCAGGCAAGACAAAGAGUCCUAAAAGCCCCAAGAGCCCUAAAAUGGCCCCAGCUAAAGCCCCCCAACCUCAGAGCAAACCAGAUGUCAUGCAAAAGUUACCGUUGUCCACACCGAGUGAGAGCAUGGGCAAAGACAAUAUUCAUUUGCGUCAGAACAUAGAAGAAAGGGAGCUAAUUGCAGGCCCUUUCAAGAAAUUAGAGCCAGAUAAUAGAGCAAUUGAUGAUUCUAUUGACGCUGUGAUAGCUAGAGCAUGUGCUGAACGGAAACCCGAUCCAUUCGCGUUCUCCUCGGGCUCUGAGUCGGAUAGCAAUGGAUUCUCCAGUCCCAGAAGACUGACUAUUAUGGAGCCGUCUACACCUAAAGGCCCAAUUGGUGCCGGCAUCUUGUUAAAAGACACGUCAACACCACUUCACCCUCCGCCACACAUAGGCCUGGGGAAUUGGACGAUGGAUGAUUCAAUCAAUGAGGUGAUCCGAAAGGCCAACCAGGGGGGGCCAUCUGCCCCCGCUGCACCCCAACCGGCAGCAGAUUACGUGUCAUCCGGAUCAGCUUCACCACCUACCCCUGAACCACUCCUCAAGGUGUUUGAGGAGAAAAAUAAGAUUGUGUCAUCAGUAGAUGUCAAGAAGAAGCUAAAGAAGGAGCUGAAAACUAAGAUGAAGAAGAAGGAGAAAGACAAGCCGAAAGAUAAAGACAGGGAAAAAGAUAAGAGUAAGCUAAAAGAGAAGAAUAAGGACAAGAACAGGGAUAAAAACAAGGAGUUUUCUAAAGAUGGGAAGAUGCCCUGGAAGGAGUUUGGGGUAAAGGACGAGGAACUUUUUGUUCCACGAGACUUCCCCCUGGCUGAGGGCUCAAUCAAGAUGAAGUCAAGAGAUGGUGACGGCUCUAAAAAGGAGAAGGAGAAACAUAAAGACAAAAAGAAGGAUAAGGAAAAAAGUAAAAAGGACAAGGAUAAGAAGGACAAGGGGAAAGAUAAGAGCAAGGACGACAAGCAGAAACAAUCUACAUUAUCCCCCUUUGGUCUGGGUGAUGUCCCGCCACUGUUUAGCCCCCUUACCUGUCUGCGCGUGCCCUCAAUGCUGCCUCCUUUGGCCCCAAUCCUCCAGGAGAAGGAAAUAAAAACCAAGGAGAAGGACAAGAAGAAAGACAAGAAAGAGAAGAAGAAAAAGAAGGACAAGGAGAAAGACAAGGAGCGGGAAAAGGCCAAAGAAAAAGAAAGGGAGAAAGAGGAUAAGAGGAAGGAAAGGGAGAGGGAAAAGGAGAAACGAGAAAAGGAAAAAGAGAAAGAAAAGGAGAGAAUUCGACUGGAAAAGGUCAAAAUAGACACUCCAGCACCUUUACCGUCUCCGGUCAUUCCCAGACUGACGCUCAGGGUGGGAGCAGGUCAAGACAAAAUUGUCAUCAGCAAAGUGGUUCCAAAUUCAGAGCCCAGCACGCCAGCACCCAAGACCCCUGCUACCAAGUCAGGACCUGGCAAUCGCCCUCGGACACCGCCGCCACCACCAAUGCUGCCGCCGGUCAUACCCACGCUGCCGCCAGCUCCUUCGCCCCUUCCACCUGCUCCACCCCCAUCAUCGUCUUUAAUUUCCCCGCCCUCUAUACUCCCUCCUGCCGCCUCCGUCAAAACACCGGUCCGCAGCGUGGUAACUGAGACCGUCAGUACUUACGUGAUUCGAGAUGAAUGGGGAAACCAGAUCUGGAUUUGCCCUGGAUGUAACAAACCUGAUGAUGGCAGUCCCAUGAUAGGGUGUGAUGGCUGUGACGACUGGUAUCACUGGCCUUGUGUCGGGGUCGUCACAGCGCCCCCUGAGGACCAGCAGUGGUUCUGCAUUAAAUGUUCCAGCAAGAAGAAAGAUAAAAAACACAAGAAAAGGAAACACAAACCGCAUUGAGACUAUGCAAAAGCACAUUUUGGACUGUUUUGGACUAAAGCCAUCAAUGAACACUCAUGGCACUGCUGUAAAAUAAAAAAAAAAAGAUAAAGAAAGCUAAAAUUAUGGCUGAUGCAAACUUCUGAGGAUUUUUUUAAAGAUGUCAGCUACGAUUCAUUGUGAGUUGAUAAGAGGAUUAAAAAAAGGAUUUAACCAGCACAUAAUCAGCCUUAGUUCUCAUGUGGUCCCCCCUUUUUUUGCCUAUAAAUUGUGUAUUUGUUGCUUUUGGUUGCCCAGUCUUGGAGAUCUUGUCUGUGUAAGGAGACCAUGGCAGUUUCUGUCAAAUCAGAGUUAAAUUUUCUCAACAAAGUGGAAGAAAGAAGAACAACUGUCGUCUUUUUUUCUGUUUUCCUUCAUGUUGCCAAGAAAGGGCAUAACUUUUGUGUCAAGCCUUUCUCCCAAUUUUCUGCAGUAUCACUGAAAUGUCAUGUAUAUAAAUGAUUGCAUCAGGCAUGUAUAAAUGUGUAAAUACCAACUUCCAAGCCAAGUGCAUUUUGUUCUUAGGAUUAUUGACUCAAAAAUCCAUUUUCAGAUAUUGCUUUUUAAAUCUACUGAUUUUUCUGUAAUUUCUGUACAUUUUUUUUAAAUUUAAAGUUUGUAUUUUUAUUUUAUUUUUUUCCCCCUUUUUCCCUUCAUAUGGAGUAGUCCUGGAGUUAUACUGUAGCUGUGCUUGUAAUGUAAUUAAUUUCACUGAGAUUUGAAUAUUAAAGAUGAAUGGUCUGUGUACUCACAGACUUUAACAUGCCAA